GGAGUCUGUUCGUCUUCAUAAAAAGCACAGUCUCCCACUCACUCUCCCAACGCACUCCUUAAGUCCUAAAUACCAAAUUGUUUAGCAGGAGAGUUAGUGAACCCUAAAAUCAAAUUUGAGCAAAAGGGUGGUGAGUAUUUUAGUCAAUAUUUGAUUAAACACUCGGUAGAAGCUCAACUCCAGUGGGGGCAUCAUUAGAUACAAAAGAAGAUAUAGGCAUGGCUAGUAAGGGUGAAAAGUUUUCAAGUGGAGCUGAUAUGGAUAUAGAUGAUGAUGAAGUUACUGACUUAAGCAGCAUAGCUGAUCUGGAUGAAGAAUCUCUGAAAACUUUCUGCAGAAAGGCUUCUAUGUCAUUCUUUAACGAGUAUGGGCUUAUUAGCCACCAAAUUAAUUCAUACAAUGACUUCAUUGAAAAUGGUAUCCAGAAGGUCUUUGAUUCUGCGGGUGAGACUAUAAUUGAGCCUGGUUAUGAUCCAUCAAAGAAGAAAGAACCUCAUUGGCAUUAUGCUUCUGUAAGGUUUGGGAAAGUCACUCUUGAUAAGCCAAGCUUUUUUGCUGGCACUGAAGGGGGUGCCGAUCACAAUAUGCUUCCUAGGCAUGCCAGGCUUCAGAAUAUGACAUAUUCAUCUAGGAUGAAAGUAAAUGUUACUCUUCAGGUUUAUACUCAGAAAAACGUCAGAAGUGACAAAUUUAAAACUGGAAAAGAACAAUAUAUUCAAAAGGAAGUUUUAAGGGAGGAUAAUAAGGAUAUUGUGAUUGGGAGGAUUCCGGUGAUGGUGAAGUCUGACCUCUGCUGGAUGAAGGAUGCUGAUAAACGUGAUUGUGAUUUUGACCACGGAGGGUACUUUCUGAUCAAAGGUGCAGAAAAAAUUUUUAUUGCUCAAGAGCACAUUUGUAUGAGAAGAAUUUUGAUAUCAAAUAAUCAAGGUUGGACUAUUGCAUACAAAUCUGAAACAAAAAGAAACAGAUUAAUUGUGAGACUGGUAGAGCAGUCUAAAAUUGAAGGUAUUGGAGGAGGUGAGAAAGUCCUCACUGUCUAUUUCCUGUCGACGGAGAUACCCAUAUGGGUGUUAUUUUUUGCCCUUGGUGUCUCAUCAGACAACGAAAUCAGAGAGCUUAUAGAUUACGGAGCUGAAGAAGCAAACAUUUCGAAUAUAUUCUUUGCCUCAAUCCAUGAUGCUGAUAAUAGAUUUGACGACUUCCGAAUACGCAGUAAUGCUCUCAGUCACGUAAAUAAACUGAUUAAAAGUACCACAUUUCCACCUGGGGAAAGUGUUGAAGAGUGCCUGAACAUGUAUAUGUUUCCCAGUCUCCCUGGCUCAAAGCAAAAGGCUCGGUUUCUAGGCUAUAUGGUGAAGUGCCUUUUACAGGCUUAUACAGGUCGUAGAAAGUGUGAUAAUCGGGACAAUUUUAGAAACAAGAGGUUGGAGUUGGCAGGUCAGUUGCUUGAACGAGAGUUGAAAGUGCAUAUUGCACAUGCUCGUAGGCGCAUGAUCAAGGUUUUGCAGAGAGAUCUUUAUCCAGAUCGUACAGUGCAUCCAAUUGAUUACUAUCUUGAUGCGUCCAUAGUUACCAAUGGUCUUUCCAGAGCGUUCUCCACUGGAGCAUGGUCACAUCCCUUUAAGCGAAUGGAAAGGAUCUCUGGUGUUGUGGCAACACUUGGCCGUACAAAUGCCUUGCAGACUAUGGUUGAUUUGAGGAGAACAAGACAGCAAGUUCAGUACACUGGGAAGGUUGGAGAUGCCAGAUACCCGCAUCCUUCUCAUUGGGGUAAGGUUUGCUUUCUGUCUACGCCAGAUGGUGAAAAUUGUGGGCUUGUCAAAAAUUUGGCUGUUACCGGACUUGUAAGUACAGACAUACGGGAACCAAUAGUUGAUCAAUUGUUUGAUUGUGGAAUGGAGGAACUGGUAGAUGAUACUACUACUUCACUGGAAGGAAUGGAUAAAAUCUUUGUUAAUGGGGACUGGGUUGGAGUUUGUAAGGAUUCCCUUUCGUUUGUUGCUGAGCUAAGAAGUAAGCGACGACAGAGAGAGUUACCAAAUCAGAUUGAAAUAAAAAGAGAUGAACAGCUAGGUGAAGUAAGAAUAUUUUCUGAUGCUGGGAGGAUAUUGCGCCCUCUUUUGGUUGUGGAGAAUUUGGGCAGAAUUAACUCAAUUAAAGGAAAGAAUUACAACUUCCAAUCUCUUCUAGACAUGGGUAUUAUCGAGCUUGUUGGAACUGAAGAAGAAGAGGAUUGUUUCACUGCAUGGGGUAUUAAAUACAUUCUGAAGGAUGUGAAAGAAAAGAAACCUGUGAAGUUCACUCACUGUGAACUUGAUAUGUCAUUCUUGUUAGGUUUGAGUUGUGGAAUUAUCCCAUUUGCCAACCAUGACCAUGCAAGAAGGGUUUUAUAUCAAGCACAGAAACAUUCUUCACAGGCUAUUGGUUUUCCCACAACAAAUCCAAACAUACGAGUGGAUACGCUGUCCCAUCAGCUGUAUUAUCCACAAAGGCCUCUAUUUCGGACAAUGACUUCUGAUUGUCUUGGUAAACCUGGUUAUGGGCAUAAUGGAAUACUGCCAAGACCAGAGCUCUACAAUGGACAGAAUGCCAUCGUAGCUGUCAAUAUUCAUCUGGGAUACAACCAAGAGGAUUCUUUGGUGAUGAACCAAGCAUCUAUGGAACGUGGUAUGUUUCGAUCUGAGCACAUCAGAAGUUACAAGGCUGAGGUUGAUAACAAAGAAACAAUGGGAAAGAAAAGGAUCUCUGAUAAUAUUAUGAAUUUUGGAAAGAUGCAAAGUACAAGAGGACGUGUUGAUUGCCUUGAUGAUGAUGGUUUUCCUUUCAUUGGGGCUAACCUCCAGAGUGGUGACAUUGUUAUAGGGAGGUAUGCCGAUUCUGGGGAUCACAGCAUAAAACUAAAGCACACAGAAAGAGGCAUGGUACAGAAAGUUGUUCUUUCUUCUAACGAUGAUGGGAAGAACUUUGCUGUGGUAUCUUUGAGACAGGUUCGAUCUCCACGUCUUGGAGACAAGUUCUCGAGCAUGCAUGGGCAAAAAGGUGUUUUAGGUUUUCUGGAAUCCCAAGAAAAUUUCCCUUUCACAAUACAAGGAAUUGUCCCAGAUAUUGUUAUAAACCCACAUGCGUUUCCUUCACGGCAAACUCCUGGUCAACUCUUGGAGGCUGCUUUAGGGAAGGGGAUUGCCUGUGGUGGUUUGUUGAGAUAUGCCACACCUUUCUCCACUCCAUCUGUUGAAGCCAUCACGGAGCAGCUCCACAGGGUUGGAUUCGAGAAAUGGGGAUCAGAGAGAGUGUACAGUGGCCGAACUGGUGCAAUGUUUAAUUCACUUAUAUUUAUGGGCCCUACGUUCUACCAGAGACUGAUUCACAUGGCAGAAGACAAAGUGAAAUUCCGGAACAUUGGACCAGUCCACCCGCUCACUCGACAGCCAGUUGCAGACAGGAAACGGUAUGGUGGGAUCAAGUUCGGUGAGAUGGAACGUGACUGCCUUAUAGCUCAUGGAGCAUCAGCCAACUUGCAUGAACGGCUUUUUACACUGAGUGAUUGCUCUGAGGUGCACAUUUGCCGUAAAUGCAAGAAUGUGGCAAACGUGAUCCAACGGACAGUGAGUGGUGGACGCAAGAUCAGGGGGCCAUACUGCCGAUUAUGUGAAUCUGUCGAUGACAUCAUCAAGGCAAAUGUGCCUUAUGGCGCCAAGUUAUUGCGCCAGGAGCUUUUUAGCAUGGGUAUCAAUUUGAAGUUUGAAACAGAAUACUGUUAA